AUGCAGUCCCACCAUUCAUUCAACUCGUCCACGCUUAGCCUCCUCUCCUCAAAACUCUUCGAGCAUCAUUAUGAGGAUGGUCCUCGUAUCGAAGAGCUAGAACGAUCAUAUCACCGAGCCAGAGCAAUCGGUCAACUGCAUGGCGUGACCCUCGAGGCUUGCCUUCAUAUGACCCCCAAGUUCUGGGCCGUCCACAAAGAUGGAAUUAUUGUUCGAGAUGCUGUUUCCCACAUAUUGGUAACGAUUCAACUUAAUCUGGUGGCCGGUACAGUGGCACCUUUUGCCCUCAAGAGACCCGAUCUCCAUCCGCUGAUGAAAGAGAUAUUGAACUUUGAAAUCUCUGCACCAUUCAUCCUGAUGAAGUUGGCCAUGGCUGCGAUUCCCGGAAUCUGGAGACCACGGCAACACUGCAGCGUGAUGGCAGCUUCAUCCUCAAUACGCCUACACCUGAGGCAGUUUAUGCCACCAUCAAUGCCAAUAAAGGGCAUUCGGCGAGUAGCCAUUGUGUGUGCACGGUUGAUAGUGGAUGAAGAGGACCGUGGUAUUCGGACCUUUGUCGUCCCGAUAAACAAUGGAACGGAGAUGAACAAGGGUGUUCAUUCAUGGCUUCUCCCAUCAAUCAAUGGAGGAAGGGUGCUCGACCGUAGCUUGACCUCUUUCGACAAUGUCCAUCUUCCAACAAAUGCAAUGUUGGGUGAGCUCGCGAUGCCUGCCGAUAUGCGCGCCCAGUAUCUAUCAGCCAUACACCGUCUGGGCACUGGGGCCCUUGCUCUAAGCUUGUGGAUCAUUCCCUUUCUGAAAUGUGCCGCAUAUUGCGUCGGCAAAUACAGCCAACGCCGGACUGUCCAAGCAGACAACUCACUUCACCCUGGAGCAAAACAUGGUCUUGGGGUCAUCAUCAAGGCGGUAUUCUUACAGAAUGGGCAAUGGAGUCUAGCAAACCUUAUUGAGAGAAGUGGUGCACAAGGAGUGUACCCGCAUAACCAGAUGGCCACGUUUGAGGUUUUGACCCGGGCUACCGGUAUCGCAGAAGGAGAGGUUUUGGUUCUCUCAAUCCGCCUCGCCACCGAGCUUCUACUUGGUCGAUAUGCCAUCCCCGGCCCCAAAAAGCCGAACUCUAUACUUGCACAGCAUGAGAAGGGCAUUGUUUCCGACCUGAAGAAAAAGCUGAAGAAGAUCGGCAACCAUCGCGGUGACGAAUACAGCAAGCAAGUACUUCCCCAUCUUCGGCCUAUGGUCAUAGCGAUCGGACAACGCAUGGCGUAUGAGGCUGCAGUUGACGCAUCUGUUGACCCUGAUUUGCUGGCUCUAUACGAGGCGGGAGCUAUGAAAUCAGAUCCUGCCUGGUUCUCAGAGCAUCUCAGGAUGAGUAGGGAUGCCCAGUUCCAGAAGGAGUGUGACGCAGUGGAUGCGGUUUAUCGCCGUCUGGACGAGCAUCCGAAUAACUUGCAGAUUGAGCCCUACAUCACGGCUCCAAUGCUGUCCGCUGAACGAUGGAUGGGAAUCAUCAAGGCGGUCCCGGAGUUUACAGGAAAUGGAGAGAUGAGUUUCCCAGGUGCUCAGGAGUUUCAAUCUAAGCUUUAG